CGCGCUGCCCCGCCCCGCACUCUUACUCUUACUCGGCCAGGGAGGGCAGCAGGUGCCCGCCCGCAUCGGCAGCCCCGCGGGAUGCUGCGCUCCACGUCCACCGUCACCCUACUCUCGGGCGGCAGCGCCCCGGCGCCCGGGACACCCAGCAGGCGGGCAAACAUCUGCAGACUGCGGCUCACUGUGCCUCCUGAGGGCCCUGCCCCUGAGCAAGCGGAGAAGAAAGUUGUGAGGAAAGAGCAGCCUCCUGAACCAAACAGUGGCGAUACGACCAGGAAACUUCCUCAGGGUGUGGUUUACGGCGUGGUUCGAAGAUCAUCGGAUCAAAACCAGCAGAAGGAAAUGGUGGUGUAUGGCUGGUCUACCAGUCAGCUGAAAGAAGAGAUGAACUACAUCAAAGAUGUGAGAGCCACUUUGGAGAAAGUAAGGAGGCGCAUGUAUGGAGACUAUGAUGAAAUGCAGCAGAAGAUUCGACAGCUCACGCAGGACCUGUCUGUUUCCCAUGCUCGGCAGGACUAUCUAGAGAACCACAUCCAAACCCAGUCCUCGGCCCUGGAUAGUUUCACUGCCAUGAACUCUGCCUUGGCGUCGGACUCCAUCGGCCUGCAGAAAACCCUCGUGGAAGUCACUUUGGAAAACAGCAACAUUAAGGAUGAGAUCAGAAAUCUGCAGCAGACAUAUGAGGCGUCUGUGCAGCAGCUGCGGGAGAAACAGAGGCAGCUGGAGGCAGCGCAGGUGGAGAAUCAGCUGCUGAAGAUGAAGGUGGAAUCGUCCCAGGAGGCCAACGCCGAGGUGAUGAGGGAGAUGACCAGGAAGCUGUACAGCCAGUAUGAGGAGAAGCUGCAGGAGGAGCAGCGAAGGCACAGUGCCGAGAGGGAGGCGCUUCUGGAAGAAACCAACAGUUUCCUGAAAGCAGUGGAAGAGGCCAAUAAAAAGAUGCAGGCGGCAGAGAUCAGCCUGGAGGAGAAAGACCAGAAAAUCGGGGAGUUGGACAGGCUCAUUGAGCGCAUGGAGAAGGAGCGGCACCAACUGCAACUCCAGCUUCUAGAGCACGAGACGGAAAUGUCUGGGGAAAUCCCUAUGGCGGACAAGGAGAGGUAUCAGCAGCUGGAGGAAGCCUCAGCCAGCCUCCGUGAGCGGAUCCGACACCUGGAUGACAUGGUGCAUUGCCAGCAGAAGAAGGUCAAGCAGAUGGUUGAGGAGAUCAUGUCGCACGAGCUCUUCUCCAGAUUUAGUCUCCGGCUCUUUGGAAGAUGACAGCCUGGUGGCCCACGGUGGGUGGAAGAGGUUCUUCUCACUGCUUGUGAUGAGAGGGAUCCCUGUACCCUCUCUGUUGGGAUCAGGUGGUACAGAGGAACAAAAUAGCAAGACUUGGCUGCCUGGGGCCCUCCAAAAUGUGAAGACGCCCAUGCGCGAUGACCUCUGCUUGGACACCUCAAAAUGCUGAGUCAAGAGAUCUCAGAGAUCCACCGAGUAUUUUUAGAAACUUGGGCUCCCAGGUCUCAAAGAAAAACUUGCACUGAAAAUUAAUCCUGAAAAUAAUCUACAAAGUAUUAGUGGGGCCUGGAAAAUGAACCCUUCCUGUGGAAAAGCUGUCGAGGACUUCUGCUGAAAGGGACUGGGGGAGAGCUAGAAGCCAUGAGUGCUGCCUGGGCCAUCCCUGUCCCUGCAUAUGCUGCCUGGCAUCCAAAUGGUUUGGUGAUGCGUGCGUCCAGGAGGUGGCCCUGAGAGUCCCUUUCUGCAUGGGUCUCAAUACUGCUAGCCAACUUCCUGCUCUCCCUAAGAGCAGUUUGGUUUGCUGUCGUCACUGAAUGGACAGUUCAAUGGAUUUCACCUAAAGAGAAGUGUAUUUGGCUAAAACCUACUGACAUAACCCGCCCCCUGCGUCUGUGCUUUGGUCUUGGUCUUGCUGACAGCCACUCAUGCUGGUAUUUCUUCAGAAACCCACGGAGUUGUAAGAGGUACCGGGGCAGCAGUGCUGACAAGGGUGGCACCAGCCCUCCAGCUAGGGGACUGGGCUGAUGGAGUGGGUUCCCCGAAAGGCUGGGUCCCUGUGACCCUGGCUGCUUCUCCUCUCCCACCACGUGUCUGUGGCAAAGUGGGAAUGUGGGUACUUUCCUGUUGAUAUUUGCCUCUGGGCUUUCAUUCUGAUGCUUCUGCCCAGCUUAAGCCAACAGGGAGCGGGAAGGAAAGGAUGUGACGGGCAAUCUUCUGCAUUCACGGGUAGCUUCUGCGGUGGGCACAGUGCUGGGUUCCUGUGCAGGUCCCACAUGCUCUGCUGGGUUCCGAAGGGAGCCAGCAUCAGCUUGGGCAACUGUUAUUUUAGAUAUUACCCUGGCCUGGUGACCUGUGCCGUUCCUGGGGAUUCCUUUACUGCUCUGAUGUUUUUCUGAAUCUCCGGUGGAAAUGUCUUUGGCAUCUGUUCUAGUGCAGUAGAUUUGUUACUGUUUAAAAAGUGGAAUAACAUGAAUUUAGGGAAUUGGUGUGAGAGGGCAGUGGUGGUGGGCUCUCUUCCACCCUGCAGUUUCUUCUGUCUUUGGGGCUGGGGACAGUCCCUGGAGGUCAGACGAGCCUGGGUUUGUGGAGCAGAUAGGGAGCAAGGUGCCUAAAGGGCCAUACCUGUCUUAGUGCCUCCUUCCUGCUCCAGCCCCAGGCCCGGACUUUCUGGGGAUCUCGAGUGUGGCUUCCCCUAUUCCUCAGGGCCCAUCUCUGUCUACUCUGCUCUGCCUUUACUGGUGAGCCUCAGGUGACUUCUUUCCUGCCUAUUCUGUGACAUGCUGUUAGCUGGAUCUACUGCCAGCCAAGCCUGAGUUCUGUGUUUAAGUUCUGCCUCCCCCACUCCACAGCCCACCCUCCUCUACCCACUCCGCCCUUCCCUGGACCCUCAGCCUUGACGCUGAAGCCCACAACUUGUUACACCGCCCCCUGGAGGAGUUACGAAGGUUUGAGGCAGAAUUUGUGUACAGCACAUGGAAGUGUAAGCGCCUCAGGGCCUUGUGGGUAACAUAGUGUCAGUUGCUGCUUUAAACCCCGACUUACUUAUCUAAAAUGAAAUUUUUAGGAGGCACCUGAAAGAGCACAGUGGUGUCCACCUCCCCGCCCUGUGUACUGUAGAAAGAACUGCUGCAGGCACAUAGAUGGAUGCAUUUCAUGGCACCCAAGCUGCCCUUUGUCUCUUUGAGGCAGAGGUCCCUAAACCCAAGUUUUCUCCGUUGAAUUGGCUUCUAGUUGGCCGGAAGCAUUCUCUUUCUCUCUCUCUCUCUCUCUCUCUCUCUCGUACUUAGAAUCCAACUCAGGGCCUCAUGCUUGCCAGGCAGGUGCUAUGCCACUGAGCUGCAUCCCCAGCCCUACCUCCCAUUUCUAAACAAGACUUAGAGUCAGAAAAAAAUAAAUAGCCAGCAGUAUCUCAGCAAAGACUCCUGGCUCUGGGUCUACACCCAGAUCUCUGAGACCAAAACCAAGUUUUGUCAUUUUCUUGUUUUUUAAAUAUGGAAGGAAGUUAAAUGCAGAAAAUUAUAGAGAAUAAUAAAAAACACAACUUCAUGUCCCUGCCUCUGCUUUUUUGUAAAGAAAAGAUUACAGAUAAAGCUCAGGUUGUUCUGUUUUACUCUUGCCUGAUUAUGCUCGUCUCCUUCUUCUGCUCCUCACUUCUACCACAGAGAUAUAGAUCUAGUAUUAGUAGGCAGCCCAGAGUGUGUUUAAAAAUUUAUACAAACUUUAAUUUACAGUGUAGGUAACAAGUAGCAUUGUUGCCACUUUGCAACUGACCCUUUUCCUAGUUGUGUAGUGUUAUUACAUACAGAUCUAAAUUCCUCCUUGCAGUAGCUAAAUGUACUUUGAUUUGUAUUUAUUGCAUUCUGUUUGUCCCACUGAUGCACAUUUGGUACAGAGGGAAACAUGUCUCCACACAUCCUUCACUAGCAAGCACACUGAGCGGGGGCCACUGCUGGGGAGUGAGGUGAUUAGUGCCGGGUCUGUGGGUGCUGCUGGUGGCUCUCUCCAUGCACAGUACUGCCUCAGUUAUGUUUGGUGCAGCAGAGGUUUCCAGACAUCCAUCACCACUUGGCUCCAUGGGGGUUAUAAUUUUGGUCAGUUAUAAAAUCGCAUCUCACUGGUUUAAUUUCGAUUUGCAUCAGCCUGGUUUCCAUUCCUUACAGUCAUGAGAACUAGUGACUUUUCACAAGGUCAUUGGACACUCGGGCCUCCUCCUUUAUAAAUUCGUGUUCAUGUCCUUUGUUCAUGUUUUAUGUGAGGUUAUUUGUUUUUCUUCCUGCUCAUUUAUACAGACGCUGCAGAUUACUCAUACAAUCGUCAAGAAAUAUUUGGCUAACAUUGCUAUUUCCUAUUCAGAGGUGUUUGUGGUUUCUCUUGUAUAAUUUUUAAAUUUUGGUGGUGUCAACAGUUGUCAAUGUUUCUGUGCUGUGUUGUGUCUUGUCAUAAACAUAUUUUCUGUAAUACUUUUAAAAUUUCGUUUUCCAUCUUUAGACCUUUGGUUACCACUCAGAUGUCUGCCCUCCACCACUGCCUUAUCUUUUUCUGCAUGACACUUACCACUUGUCCUUUUUGCUUGUUUUUGUUGUUUGUUUCCCUUCUCUCCAGUAGAAUGUAAGCUCUAGGAGGCAGGGAUUUUUGUCUGUGUAGGACUAUACCUUCAAGUCGCUGGCAUAUAGUAAGUGCUCAAUAAAUAGUUUUGGAGAAAUAAAGAAUAAUCCAUGUGGAAUUUAA